UUAUCCGGAAUUUAUCUGUAGACCGGCUGGGUGAUUAUGUCGCCAAUUCAUACUACUACCUGUUUGAACAUGGUUUGGUUAUCUCCACACCGAUUUGUGUCAGUUUUGGGGGUCUUCUUGCUCGACUUGUUCCUCUUCCCCGUGCCACUGUCCUUGUUGGCGAAGUUGUACCGCUUACAUGUUUUUGUGGUUGCUUUGUCUGUUGUCACGGUUGUCCUUGUUGACAAUCUACAAUGUCAUAAUUUUUUUUUGGAGCUGUGCAAAUGUCAAAACUUCAGCUUGACGAACCAGAAACUAACUGUGUUUGGCUAUCUGGCUUCUUCUGUUGAAUGAUCCGUUGCAUUGUGAAUUAACAUGGUUAUCUGGUGGCUAGCUGAGAGUUUCCUGCUUUACUUGCAUAGACGUUAUUGUUUCUGGAAAAUACGGUCAUCCGACUCAAACGGAAAAAGCAGAGUAUCCGGGAAAAUUCAGUACAAAACCGUGGAUGGGUGUCCGACUCCGACAACGCCAUUGCCGUGUCGGAUCAUUGCACGGAGCGCUUUCUGUCGAAUACCAAGCCAAAUCCGACGGCCAGGGAUGGCUCCCACGUCACGCUGGUGGCCAGUCAGUUCCUGCUUCCGGCACACGCAGCGAGAAAGGAUGAGCACACCAUGGCACACUCCUCGCGCCCGGCCAAAAACUCCUAUAAAGCCAGCGCCAGCGGCGCCGCCUCCCUUUCCCACGCCCAGAAGCAGCCCACCGCCAUGGCCACCUCCUCGCGAGCUCCUCCUCCUCUGCUGCUGCUCCUCUGUCUCGUGCUUCUUCUCGUCGUCGCGCCCGCUGCGGCGGCGGCGGCGGCGGGGUGCGACUGCGGCGCGAAUAAUGCGGGGGCGGAGCUGGCCGGAGAGGAGGAAGAAGGGACCGCGGCGGCGGCGGCGGCGCUGCGGCUGAAGUUCACCGCCAUCGCGUCGAUCCUGGCGUCGGGCGCGGCCGGGGUGCUGGUCCCGGUUCUGGGCCGGUCCUGGGCCUUGCUGCGGGCCGACGGGGACGUCUUCUUCGCCGUCAAGGCCUUCGCCGCGGGGGUCAUCCUCGCCACCGGCAUGGUCCACAUCCUGCCCGCCGCCUUCGACGCGCUCGCCUCGGCCUCCAGGUUCCCCUUCGCCGGCCUCGUCGCCAUGGCCGCCGCCAUGCUCACCAUGGUCGUCGACUCCCUCGCCGCCGGGUACUACCGCCGCUCCCACUUCAGGAAGCCCCGCCCCGUCGACGACGACGGCCGCGCCGCCGCCGGAGCCGGGGCAGGAGAAGACGAGGAGGAGCGCCACGCGGGGCACCUGCACGUGCACACGCACGCCACGCACGGCCACGCCCAUGGCCACGUGCACUCGCACGGCCAUGGCCACGGCGGUGCCGACUCGCCGGAGGAGGCUUCGGCGGCUGAAACCAUCCGCCACAGAGUGGUCUCUCAGGUGCUGGAGCUGGGAAUCUUGGUGCACUCAGUGAUCAUCGGUGUGUCCUUGGGCGCAUCGCUAAGGCCGACGACCAUCAGGCCGCUCGUCGGCGCCCUAAGCUUCCAUCAGUUCUUUGAGGGCAUUGGCCUUGGCGGUUGCAUUGUUCAGGCAAAAUUCAAGGCAAAAGCGACCGUGCUCAUGGCGACCUUCUUCUCCUUCACCGCUCCCAUCGGCAUCGCACUCGGUAUCGCGAUCACAUCCAGCUAUAGCAAGCACAGCUCCACCGCGCUAGUCGUCGAGGGGGUCUUCAACUCGGCCGCAGCAGGGAUCUUGAUCUACAUGUCCCUUGUUGAUCUCCUAGCCGCAGAUUUCAACAACCCGAAGCUGCAGACGAAUACAAAGCUUCAGCUCGCAACAUACCUCGCCCUUUUCCUCGGCGCGGGGCUGAUGUCGCUGCUCGCCAAAUGGGCAUGACAGCAUCAACAGAUAGCUGCCUUUCCUAAAGAUCCGGAACUUUGUUUAUCAUUGACAGGGUUCUUUGCAUCACUGCUUCAGUUUUCCAUCGAGCAGAGUUGAGGAGGGAAACGAAACCAGGAUGUGAACAAAGAUUGUUAUGAUUAAGGGCAUAGCUAAAAAAGCUGAAUAGUCAGGGGAUUGUCUGGAUUCCUUGAGCAAGUUCUUUGCUGUUCAUCCAUGGUGAUUGUGAUGGCACCAGAUGAGGUGAGCAAGACAGAAGCGGUAGUUGAGAGUUUGUAAAAUAGUUGGCUUCCUUUCGGAAAUAUCAGCGCCAAUGUACAGAUUGUCACUAGUAGCUAGAAGUCUUCUUCUUUUGCAGGAAAAGGCAUCCGUAGGCUGUAGCUUGUUAACUGAAGAAUCAAUCAAACCAGCUUUUGGUCCCGUUCUAUC